AUGUCCCAGACCGUCGGACUGCUGACCAUCUCCCCCCCCCCCCCCUCCCAGACCCGACUCGCCUACUCGCGCACAUGGCACCACAUCUCCGCCUCGACGCCGCACCCGAUCCUCAGCACCGUCAAGGCCCCAGCGCAGGACAUCACGCCGCCGACGCUGGGCCGCCUGGCCUCGCGCAUCGCCACCCUGCUCAUGGGCAAGCACAAGCCCAUCUGGGACCCGUCGACCGACUGCGGCGACUACGUCGUCGUGACCAACUGCGCGGCGCUGCACGUCACGGGCCGCAAGAAGUGGCAGAAGACGUACUACCGGCACAACACGCGGCCCGGAUCCCUGCGGCACGUCACCAUGGACGUGCUCAUGGACAAGUACGGCGGCUCCGAGGUCCUGCGCAAGGCCGUCAGCGGCAUGCUGCCCAAGAACCGGCUGCGGGACAAGCGGCUGGCGCGGCUCAAGGUGUUUGAGGGCGAGGCGCACCCCUACAAGAGCAACCUCGUGAGGUUCGGCGGCAAGGUGGUCGGCAGCGAGGGGUGGGAGGAUGCUGUCAAGGCUGUGAGGGAGUCGGACAAGACGAGGUUAUGA